GAACAUUUAUUUCUUAAACCUUUGAAAUCAGGUCUUAACAGUAUACCGGUAAUUACAAAUCGUUCAUCGAGUUACCGAUGAUCCAAUUAAUAGGGACUGGAAAUACGGAGUGUGAGAAGAUCAAUAAUGAUAAUAUCUAUUUUAAAAAGUGCAUCUCUAAAUCAGCAACAAAAAUAUAAGACAAAUAGACUGGUGAAAAUUGCAAGUUUCCAUUUUGCAGUUUCAGAGGAGUAACAAGUAAAAGCAAUUUGAUCAUACACUUUAGGGGUGAUACAGAUGCAGGGUCAACAAAGACAGCUAUACUUAAAAUAUACUAAGACGUUAUACAAAACAAACAAACGAAAAAUACAGAUACAUACAAUACAACUGCAAAACAAUAAUCAAAUCUCGCAAACUGAAUUGUUAAAACUGAGAAUUAAGUCAAAAUUUCACAAGAAAUCGGCAAAAUCACAGAAUAAAUAUUUGAGUCAAUAUUUUAUUACGAAACUCUACGUUUCAGCUAGCGCUGUGAUAGAUUAUAGAUUAGGCUAAUAACGUAAAGGAAACAAACCAAUCGGAUUUAAACUAUGUUUUGUAUACCGGUUAUUCAAUAUGUUUAGACUGAACAUUUCCUUAAAUCCUGAGGGCUUAUAUGCUUUGUGAUCAAAGCGGCAAAAUAACAUCAAGGGUGUACAUAUUCGAAAAAAAUUGAGAGUAAUAUUGCUUCUGAUAGAGUAAUACGGUAUGUCAAUUAAUCUUUUUCUAUAUCACUGAAAACUCUUUUUCUUUCUCUCUCUCUCUCUCAUUAGUUUUAAAAUACUCUCUCUUUGAGAAAUAAAACGUGUUAAAUGUAGGUAACUUGUUGACAUUCAAUCAGUACAGUUGUCUUGUAACUUGUAACUUAGUAAAGGAGGACUAUAAAUUCAAACUCGCACCGGUGAGUGACCCGCUGAUAUUUUUUAAACAUACACAAAUCUAUUUGCUAUCUAUUUGCAUAAUUUACUAUUUUCUGUGCAGAAAACUUCUAAAAUGGUUGACCAUUCCGAGUUCUACAAGUUGUCGUAUUUUUGGAGAAUUUGUGAUCAUUGGAUGGGGUUUAAGGAAUGUGUAGAAGUAGGUCGAAUCAUCGAACACACUUGGCUAGAAAUACCAAAUCGAGGUGAUGUAUUUGAACGAAGAAAGAUAGGUAGCCUUGGAGAUGGAAUCGAAUUUCAAAGGAGGGGCAAUGACGAUUUUUUCGUGUUUAGAAACAUAUGUGUUUUAUCAGAAGAAAUCUUAAUAAACCUAUUUAGUAGGAACAUAUCAAUUCUAUUGGCAGAAUACGUCGAUUCAGGUUACUGUAUCCUUAGAUAUAUAACAGGCCCAGUUUUCUCAGAGGAUCUAUAUGACUCAAACAAAGACUUUCAGGUGUAUUUUUCUAGCUCCAAAUUUUUGGACAAAUGCUUGUCUUCAACAUCAAGAAAUGCCCGAUCACGGGGACCGGUCGUUGUAAACGAUGGACACAACAGUACGUGCGCUCUUCCUGUCCUUGGCUGGCCACCAGUUGCCAUGAAAUGGUUCCAAAGAGAUCGAACAAGAUGCUGGCCAAGACCAGAAACGCUGGAUAAAGUUCUACAUGAUGGAUGUCACUGUGUACCGGUUGGCAUAUCAGAAUCUGCCACAAAACAUCUGGAAUGGCAGUUGUGUUUUUCAGUUGCUGAAUGCACCUUAGUGCAUUCUAUGGAUCAUAGUCUUUUUAAGCUCUAUCAGAUUUUACGAAUACUUAUUCACGAAGGACUGAACAACUGGGUUGAAUGCAAGGGGAUUGUGUCCUCAUACAUGAUAAAAACAUUGAUGUUUUGGAUGUGCGAGGACAAACUACCGAACUUCAUUUGCGCGGGAAAUUUGAAAGAGAGCAUUCGGGAAUGUUUGACACAACUUGAGGAGUGGAUCGGAAAGAAUUUUAUUCCUCACUAUUUCAUUCCCGAGAGAAAUCUACUUCAAGGAAAUGUCAAUCCAUUACAUAGAGCACGAAUUCUUAAACGACUCCACAACCUUAAAAUUGGCGUACUGGACGAGUUAUUAAGUUGUCGAUCUUUUAAACCAGCGAAGAUAAUUGUUACUACUGAAUUGCCAGCAUCUGUCGAUACCCUUGAUUUCACAUCAGAUGAUCUUAAGACAAUGAGCGAAUUUGCUUUCUUUGAAAAUGUGGGCAGUGGAUAUUUUAGUAACAUGAGUUUCUCUCGAGCCCAAAGAUAUCUUCGAAACUUUGAAAACGCAUAUACAUUUGAUACUUUGAGUAAUCUUCAAAGCAAUGCCGUUAAACAAAUUUAUCAUAGGGUAUCAAACACUGCUGGGAAAAUUGUUUUUCGAAUCCUGCAAAAAGUACGUUUUAACAAACAACGAUAUGACACGCUGCGUCUCUCCGAGGCAUUUCUCAAAAUUGGGUGCUCAGCCGAUAUGACCAGUGGAACACUGUCUUUAGCUACCCUAUAUUUCUGCCUGAAGAAAUUAAAGAAAUGCAUCAAUAUGACCGAUAUCAUAUUGCGUGGAAUAAAGCCUUUUACUGUGUAUUUACGAAAUUUGUCCAGAUUAUCUAACAACUUAAAUCGGCGCAUGCUUUAUCAAAAAGUGAUUUCCCCAGAGCUUUCCCCACUGUCCUCUAAAAUGAAACGGAGCUGCGUGGCCGACAUUGAAAUUAUCCGAUCAUCCUUCUUGUGGCCUGCGGCCAUUAACUUAGAGAUGGAGAUAAUUCCUCCUGAAUGGAGCCCAAUACAUGCACCAGCUUUGGUUUAUUUGUACUUCUUAAGAUUUCUGUGCUUUGAGGUGUGUGGUAAUGAAACCCAACAAACGGAGGCUCUGUCAAACUUGUCUGCAAUAUCGUAUGAUGACGAACACAAUGACAAAUCGUUCCUUACGUACAACAUCAUUGGUAUUUGUCACGAGCAUUUUGGGAAUUAUUCAGAGGCCGUAGAAAUGUAUGGCAAAGCCGCGAAAAAAGCAAAAAAGCAUGACUGGAUGAAUGAAAAUUCCAACCCUGGCCUUCUACGGAUAGGAAUAGUUCUAAACAAUAUAUUUAAAGAUGAAUUAUAGUUAGAUUAAAUACAUGUUUGCCACCCUUCAGUCCCUCUCUGCUCUUUCGGCAAAUAGAGAUGUAUAAAAUUAUUAUUCUGUCGUUGCAUAAUAAUGACACCUACUAAAAAACUUAUUUUUUCAACCGGAAUUUGAGCAUACCUGGUUUUAUGCACCUCAAUGAAUGACCUGUGCGUAAAUGAGUCAAGUUGGACUGAAAGUAGUAGUUUCUUAGAAGUUAACCUACUCACAAAAUUUAAACUUUUUUAUUUAUUAAUGUAGUUGAUUUACAUAAUUUGGAGCAUGAUAUCUACUAUAUAUCUAUAGAUUAUUAAAUAAUUAUUCUGAUAAUCAAGUUAGGGUUUUCUAAGGAGUUAAAGCAAAAGAAGCAUUACUGGUCAUCCGAGUUCCCUGAAACAUCAUCAUUGCAUACAUGUAUUUGAUUUAGAUAUUUUGAUAAAAGUAUUUUCUGAGUAUAUGUGCCAAAAAAAAUGGUUACUCGCACAAAAAAAUAAAGUUUACAAAUAGCAUCCUGAUCUUAACUGGCAUCUUGCAAUACCAGCAAACUAAACAGUUUAAACAAAGCCAUCAACCUUGAAUGCCGAUGUUGUUAAUGCUUUAUAAUGCUUUAGAAACCACAAAUACCCUUUAACAAAUAACAAGAAUUUUAACACCGGUAUUAGUUGACAUAAAUUCUGUCAAGAAUACUCCAAAAUUGUACCAAACAGAUGUGUUUAAGAAAUACAUGUGGUAUAUCGAUAAAUUAAAUUACCUUACAUGUAUUAAGUAAAGCAUGUAACAAAAAUGUGACAUUGCUAUGAAAAAGGUAAAAAAAUUGUCGUUUUUUUCAUCAAAAAUAUGAAAUGCAAUUAAUACAAAAUGAUUAAAGAAGCAUUAAAUGUACAUAGGCCAUGCAAAGGAUUGUUACAAACAUGACUUUUCAAGACCAUUCCAAUUACAGUAGAUGUACAAAUUAAAUUAUACAUGUAGUCUUAACAUUGACCAUACACAAAUUAAUAACAAUAAAGGAAGGAAAAAAAAUUUAGUCAAACAGAAAUUCAGUUUUAUUCUUUUCAAUAAAAAUUUCAAUUCAAAUGUUGUAAAAGAAAGAACUCUUUAUACAAGUACAGGUAGUCAAAAUGUCCAAAAUACUCUGUGUCUGACCCUGAGGAUAAGAUAGUAAUAUCAGACAUUUAUUAAAACAAAGAGCAAUUAUUAUGGCUAUCUUGUUAAUUACCACAUAAGUUUGUGAUGUUACUCUUUAAUAAUAACUUUUCUGAAACCAAUAAACAUAUUGUAAAUAUUUAACAAAAC